AUGGACAAACCGUCGGGCGGGAUGAGCAAGGCGGGCUCGCGCUCCACGGCCUCCCUGCCGCCGGAGCCGGCGGACAUCGUGCAGAGCAUGUCCUGCUACCGGCGCGUGCGCCUCAACGUCGGCGGCCUGCCGCACGAGGUGCUUUGGAGGACGCUGGACCGGCUGCCGCGCACGCGCCUGGGCAAGCUGCGCGACUGUAGGACGCACGAGGCGCUCAUGGACAUCUGCGACGACUACAACCUGGACGACAACGAGUACUUCUUUGACCGACAUCCGGGAGCCUUCACGUCCAUCCUGAACUUCUACCGCACGGGCAAGCUGCACAUGAUGGAGGAGAUGUGCGCGCUGUCCUUCAGCCAGGAGCUGGACUACUGGGGCGUGGACGAGAUCUACCUGGAGUCGUGCUGCCAGGCGCGCUACCACCAGAAGAAGGAGCAGAUGAACGAGGAGCUGAAGCGCGAGGCCGACACGCUGAAGGACCGCGAGGGCGAGGAGUUCGACAACACGUGCUGCUCGGAGAAGCGCAAGAAACUGUGGGACCUGCUGGAGAAGCCGGGCUCAUCUGUAGCAGCCAAGAUAUUGGCCAUCGUCUCUAUAUUGUUCAUUGUGCUGUCCACCAUUGCCCUGUCACUCAACACCCUCCCAGAACUGCAAGAUACUGAUGAGUUUGGCCAGAGCACGGAUAACCCCCAACUGGCGCAUGUUGAGGCAGUGUGCAUUGCCUGGUUCACCAUGGAGUAUCUCCUUCGCUUCCUCUCUGCACCCAAUAAAUGGAAAUUCUUCAAAGGUCCACUCAACAUCAUCGAUCUGCUAGCCAUCCUUCCAUACUAUGUCACCAUUUUCCUAACUGAGUCCAACAAGAGUGUGCUGCAGUUUCAAAACGUACGGCGAGUGGUGCAGAUCUUUCGGAUAAUGCGAAUUUUGCGAAUUCUUAAAUUAGCUCGUCACUCCACAGGACUGCAGUCAUUGGGCUUCACAUUACGCCGCAGUUACAAUGAACUGGGCCUUCUAAUCCUCUUCUUAGCCAUGGGUAUCAUGAUCUUCUCUAGUUUGGUCUUUUUUGCAGAGAAGGAUGAAGAGGACACAAAGUUCAAGAGCAUCCCAGCCUCCUUUUGGUGGGCUACUAUCACCAUGACCACUGUGGGAUAUGGGGACAUUUACCCAAAGACAUUGUUAGGAAAGAUUGUUGGCGGUCUCUGCUGCAUUGCAGGAGUGCUGGUAAUUGCCCUACCCAUUCCUAUCAUUGUAAACAACUUCUCUGAGUUCUACAAGGAGCAGAAGAGACAAGAAAAAGCCAUCAAGAGGCGUGAAGCUCUGGAACGAGCGAAGCGCAAUGGCAGCAUAGUAUCCAUGAAUGUCAGAGAUGCGUUUUCCCGUGGUGCAGAGCUUCUUGAUGUGGUGGUGAUGGAGAAGGGUGAGAAGUCUCAGGACAACCAUCUCUCACCUAGUCGCUGGAAGUGGUCAUCCAAGAGAGCUGCGUCUGACACCAGCUCCAAUCGUUCAUUUAAUCCAGAGCAGGGCUCCCCAGGUAAGGCCAGGGCCUCCAGCCCACAGAGGCUCAAUGCACAGAAACUGGAGGAAAUGUACAAGCAGAUGACCAAGACCCAGUCUCAGCCCAACCUCAACACCAAAGACAGAAGUGCAUCCCGAGCAGGGUGCAGAAGAGACGAGAUUGAGCUGGGCACUUUGUCGGGCCAAGGAGCUGACCCACUGGGCGGUCGUGAAGGAGUGGUGGACAUGAAAAGUUUGUCCAGCAUUGACAGUUACAUCAGCUGUGCCACAGACUUCCAAGAGAACCCACGGUUCCCCUACAGUUCAGCAGGGGGCUUGUCCCUUCUGGAGAGCUCUCGUUUCUCACACAGUCCUGGCUCUGGGUUUUCAGGACGGGUCAGUGCCAACCCCAGCCUUCAAACCACCAUGGAGCACGAGCCAAUGCUUACCCCACCAUGCUCUGCUGCGAAGCCUCACGACACAGAGGAUUCCCACCGACAUGGUGUAAACCCUCUAAAAACACACUCCCUUAAAGUGAAUCAUCGUGGUUGUGGGGAGACCAGUCCAGCUGGUGGCCCUCUAUCAGACAGCUCUGCUCUCUCAGAUCGUUCCCUUCUCAGUCCCGAGGUAUCUAUCUAUACUACAGCCAGCAGCAGGACUCCACCUAAGACACCCGAAGGUGUUGCGCUCACACCUACCGUCUUCACGUUCCACGAUGCCUCUAUCAGCAGGUACAUUGAUGCUGAUACAGAUGAUGAAGAGCAUCUACGUGAAGGCUGUCCAUCAGACCGCCUACUGGGAGGUCUGGGCACCAAGUCUCGGCUCAGUAUUGGCCACCAGGGGGGCACCAACCACCUGGAGGCUGCACAGAGGCUCUUAGGCCAGAACUGCCUGUUCCCAUUGGGAAGCACACCAAGUGGAAGCCAUGAUAACCACGUGAUGCUGGAUGCCUCACGUAGGUCUAAAGGGGAUAAAGGUCGUUCCCACACCUUCGAUGAAAGCCUAUGAAGCUCUGGAGAGUGCUGUAGUGGGAGUCACUAUAGUGAGAGUCAGAGCAGGGAGUGAGGCACAGGCACCGGAGAUAGCACAGGCCCCGUGCAGCGUCACUUUAGAGACAUUUGACUCAGCCCAGGCAGCCAACUCAGGAGGCAUCCUGCAAGG